ACUCCCUAGGGGAUGGCUGUGGAUGCUAGAAAAACUGAGAGCUUCCCAAGGACCCUGAAGCUGCUUGGAAGUGUCCCUGCAGGACUCGGCAGACCCAGCUACGAUGAUGGGGAAGGUUCCCUCGUUCUCCUGGGGCUCCAUGGUGAGCUCUGCUCUGCCCGGCUACGUCGCUCUCUGCCUCACUCUACAGGUUCACAGGCUGGUGUCAGCACAGUUCACAGUGACUGGACCUGACCAUCCAGUCACUGCCUCCCUAGGUGGGGAGGCCGUCCUGCCCUGCCACCUCUCACCUAGGAUGAGUGCUGAGAACAUGGAGGUGAGAUGGUUACGAUCUCAGUACUCUGAAGUCGUGCACUUGUACCGUGAUGGGCAGGAUCAGUACGGAGAGCAGAUGCCGGAAUAUCAAGGAAGAACUGAGCUCUUGAGAGACGACAUCGCCAAUGGGAGAGUUUCUCUGAGAAUACGUGAUAUCCGACCCUCCGACGAUGGGCCGUAUAAGUGUUUUUUUCAGUCCAGUGUCUUUUAUGAAGAUGCUUUAUUGGAAUUGCAGGUGGCAGGUUUGGGCUCUGAUCCUGACAUCUCUGUGGAGGGACAUCAGGACAGAGGGAUCCGUGUGGUGUGUCGAUCAUCUGGAUGGAACUCACAGCCCGAGGCUCAGUGGAGAGAUCUCCAGGGGCAGAUCUUACCAUCGGCCUCUGAAAACAUUGCCCAAGAGGCCAAUGGCCUGUUUCAAACAGAGAUUGUCAUUGUUAUAACAGAAGAGUCCAACCAGAAAGUGUCCUGCUGUGUCAGGAAUCCCCAACUCGACCAGGGGAGAGAGUCAGCGAUUUCCCUAGCAGAGCUGUUUUUCCCGAAGGUCAAUCCCUGGAUGGUGGCUCUGGGGGUGAUCCUGCCUCUCCUGGCUGUUCUCCCUGCCCUGGCCAGCUACUGCUUCUGGAGGCAACGCAGAGCAAAAGAAACUCUGCGAUCGGAUAAGGAGAGCGAGAAAGAGAUCCUGCUGUCUGAAUGGGAGGAAGAGAAAGAGGCUCUGCAAUCUGAGAUGGAGAGACAGAAAGAGGAAUACGAGGCAGCGAAAGAACUGGGUCUCCCCAGAGCCCAAGGAUAUGCAGUGGACGUGACUCUGGAUCCAGACACGGCUCAUCCCAACCUCGUCCUGUCUGAGGAUCGGAAACGUGUGAGAGACGGAGACAAACGCCAGGAUCUGCCCAACAACCCUGAGAGAUUUGAUUAUUGUGUCUGUGUCCUGGGCGCUGAGGGGUUCGCGGGCGGGAGGCAUUACUGGGAGGUGGAGGUGGGAGACAAGACAGGCUGGGACCUGGGGGUUUGUAGGGAAACUGUGAGCAGGAAGGGGGAAGUCACAGCCACACCUGGGGAUGGACACUGGGCCGUGGUGCUGAGGGAUGGGGAAUACGAGGCCUGCACCUCCCGCACCUCCUGGACCCCCCUCCCCGUGAGCGUCAGGCCCAGCCGGGUGGGGAUUUUCCUGGACUAUGAGGCGGGCGAGGUCUCGUUUUACAAUGUGACUGACAGGUCCCAUCUCUUCACUUUCACUGGCACCUUCUCCGGGAAGCUCCGCCCUUAUUUCAGUCCCUAUCUCAACGCUAGGGGUACAAACGCGGCUCCCCUGAUCAUCUGCCCGGUCCCAGCUCAGGCCAGAGGGAAUCUCGGUCCCUGACAGUGACCCCGCGGCACAGACUGGCCCCUCCCAGCCCUGCUGCUCUUCCCACCCCCUGGUGGUGGA